GGGCUACAUUAUAGCACUACUACAUUUCAUGGGUGAUGAACCAAAUUGGUAGUUCAAUCUCCGACCGGCUUAGUACCGCCUUGGAAAUAACCACCCGCACAAACCAGAGGACGACAGUUCGACACGUGCGUAUCACGCUGAUAAUACCAUCUUGAUUUUACGAGUGUUACUCCUAAUGCUAAAGAUAUAGUAUAUAUUCGUUCUUGACCAUGGCUGUUAAUUUGAAUGAUGGACUUUCCUUUUUACUUUACGCGCUACAAGCCGAUAGCUAAAAAGACAGCAUCAUGCAGAUAUCACAAGUCAUUAUCAUAUCUCUAGUAUCUAGAGUCUGUAAUGCGGUAACACAAUAUCUAGCACCGGUCCAGGACAUAAAUUUCCCUAGCAGUGAAACCGCGACGAACCCCCUUCAAUGGCUGGGUGCUAACGGGCCAUGGCAUGCGGGCCCAAAUGUAUUCGGAAUUUCACCUGAGCCUCCUCAAAACUGUCAUGUCGAUCGAGCCGCCUAUGUCUCGAGACACGGUUCGAGGUACCCAGACCAAGGAGCUUAUGAUGGGUGGGUGUCGAUGUACGAACGGUUUAAAACCGGCAACUAUACUGCAAGCGGGAGCUUGUCAUUCCUCUCAAGUUGGCGGCCGGUCCUUGAAGAUCCCGCAUCGCAGAUUGGCAUGGAAAACCCUACUGGUAUAAAGGAGGCUCUUGAUAUGGGUUAUGCACUACGUACAAAGUAUCCGGGCCUUUACCGAGAGGGAGACGAGUUUAUGGUAUGGGCUAACAAUUAUACUCGGGUUCUCCAGACGGCGUCUAUGUUUAUUCGCGGCUACUUGGGGGUCGCAGUUUCUCAGAAGGGGAGCAUAAUCUCGGUCACAUCUCGAGGUUUCCCGGCUGGCGUUGGGGACUCGCUGGCCCCCUCAGAUAUGUGUCCUAAUUUCAAAGAUUUAGAGGGGGGAGAACAAAAGUCAACUUGGGAUGAAAUUUGGAUCCCGCCUGUUCAGGAUCGUCUACAGAAGCUGAUAAAGGGGAACUUAUCUUUGACAGCUGGAGAUAUCGCGCAGAUACCCUAUCUAUGCGGUUUCGAGAGUCAUAUCACGGGCCAACUUUCACCCUGGUGCGAUGUGUUCACCGAUGAAGAGUUGAAGCAAUACGAAUACUCUAAUGAUCUCCGUUAUUACUAUGGUAUUGGUCCAGGUACAGACCUCCCCAAGAAGAUGAUGACGCCUUUCUUGAGUGCACUCGUUGGCAUCCUGCAAAACGGAUCUACUACAGGCGUAGGGGUAAACGGCUCGACUUUCAACAUUCCGAAGCUUCUAGUUUCAUUCUUGAAUGACGGACAGUUAACCGAACUGGUAACCGCGAGCGGCGUUUUCGAUGGACAAUCCGCGUUGUCUGCUACCGAGAAGGACGAUAAUAGACUAUGGGUAGGGUCGCGGUAUGUGUCAAUGAGAGGCACAAUUGCUUUCGAACGUCUAAACUGUACCGUGAAAGGGGAUGGUGAAACUGGGGCUUAUCCCUCUGACGGGUUGAACAACACAUACAUUCGCAUCCGCUUGAAUGAUGCAGUGUAUCCGAUACCUUCUUGCAAUAAUGGGCCUGGAGCAUCCUGCAAGCUGAGCGACUAUGCCAAACAUGUUGCGGAAAAGUAUGCCGCCGAGGGGAACUGGAUUACGAACUGCAAUGUUACAGUUACAGAGGAUACGCCGGCGACGGUGAAAGGAGCAAGCUUCUUCAGGGAUAUCAGCAAACCAUGGGUUAGGCGGUUAGCUGUUUGAACCUUUAAGUCUUUUAGUUCAAUUACUAAGAGACUGGGAAUGAGUUGACGUCUUCAAGGAGGCUUAGCAGUGCUUGGUAUGGGUUUGAUGGAAUUUCGUCUACUUUAGGUACCGUACUAGGUAGGUACUUUGUACGGAAUAUACUUCAUGAGAUAGGUACGAUAGACGAGUUCGUGAAAUACCUUUCUAUUUAAUGUAGCACUUAAAUAAAUGAUUAUUAUUUGAAUAUAGAUUAGACUGGUAAUACAGUAAUAAUAGUAUAA